AUGGACGACAUGGACGAUGACGCCAGGUACCAUUCGAAGGCCUACUCUCUCAACCAUCAUAACUCUUCCGGUCGCCGAAAAAUCAAUAUACGAAACACCCAAUAUUCUCGCCCGAUUGCCAAUCGAUACGCAGAGGAAGACGACGACGAAUUGGACGAGUUUGAUGAAGGAAAUGGCCGACAAGACCACGAUGAGGAAGAGGAAGAGGAGCAUCCACGUGGGUUACAUCGGAAUUUUGACGCGGACGAUGGUUUUGAAAGGCACACGAAGAAGAGGAAGGUGAAGAAUUUGGAAUCAAACUACGAGUUUGCGCCUCGCGUGAGAGUUCCGUAUAGGGAUCCAAGUUCUCGGGCCGAAGAGGAUUGGACUGAGCACGCGGUGUUUGUUCUGUUAGAGGUUUGGGGUGAUAGGUUUCUUCAGCUUGGGAGGAAGAGUUUGAGGUCUGAAGAUUGGCAUGAAGUGGCCGAGAAGGUUUCAGAGGCGUCUAAGAUCGAAAGGACUGACACGCAAUGCAGGAGUAUGUUGGAUAUGCUUAAGAGGAAGUACAAGAAGGAGAAGGAGAAAGUUGAAGAAAUGGGGUUGAAUUCUAGCAAAUGGGCUUACUUUAAGAAGAUGGAUAUGUUAAUGGCUUCAUCCUUGAGGCAAGAAUGCGGGCUUGCUUGCGGGCUAGAUUCCGGCGAGUAUGUGUUUAUGAACACAAGGGUAUAUUUGGAGCGGUCAAAUGGGUUUGAUGAGAUGAGGGAUAGUCCUGGUGAGUCAGAGACAGAUGAUGAUGAGGAUGGGAAUGAUGAUCAGGAUGCCUUUCCGCCACGAAUGGGGACGCGUGGAGGGGAUAGGGGGGAGGAAGGGUCUUCGUAUAGAGUGUUGGCGGAUUCUAUUCACAAGUUUGGGGAGAUUUAUGAGAAGAUUGAGAGUAGUAAGAGGCAGCAGAUGAGGGAAUUGGAGAAGAUGAGGAAAGAUUUCCACAAGGAGUUGGAAUUUCAGAAGAAGCAGAUUCUUGAGAGAGCACAAGUGGAGAUUGCGAAAAUUCAGGAAGCUGACGAUGAUGAUGAAACGGAUGUUUCAGCCGAGGAUCUCAGUGAAUGA